GUCGUCUGCCAUUUUAGCCUUCACUUCCUUCGCUCACAUAGCAACUUUACCAUCAUCGCAUGAUGCUUCGUCCUGCUUCUCGGUUAUUACGGCUGUCGCCCCUCCACUCAAUCCCGCGCGUUGCGCCUUCACGCAGACUUCUGAGCACUGCACCCCCAAGUCAAAAGUCGAGAUCUUUCAAGAACAAAUUAGUGCGCCUGGCGCUAGCUGGAGGCGUUGUAUAUUUUUACAACACCACUGAUAUAUUUGCGGAAGAGCCAUCCUUCGUCCCACGGAGUGCCGAGUACGAGAGCGAACCUGAAAACCUUCCCACACUCGAAGCUCUUGCAACACAGCGAAAACAACAAAGAGCCAAGGUUGAAAGUAGACAGGAUCAAAGCAACGCACAGCCAGCGCCAGUUACAGGAGACGAGCACGCGUCAGGUGGAGAGCCCAAUGGCAUAGAACAACUGGAGGAAGAAGCAGGCCAACAAGGUGCAUUCAAUCCGGAGACCGGCGAAAUAAACUGGGACUGCCCAUGCCUCGGUGGCAUGGCCCACGGUCCAUGCGGUGAAGAAUUCAAGACAGCUUUCAGUUGUUUUGUAUUUUCGGAGGCGGAUCCCAAGGGGAUGGACUGUAUAGACAAGUUUCAGGGCAUGCAAACCUGCUUCCGAAAGUACCCAGAGAUCUACGGCUCUGAACUCGAGGACGACGAUGAAGAUGAACAGCAAGCACAAGAUAAAGAUGGUAGCCAAACUCGACCCGAUCCCGAAACGACUCCUGAUACAUUGGCGCUGGCAUCUAAAGAUGAUACAAGUAUGCGUACAAGCACUGAGCAACCGAAAUACACGGUUGGCGAAAAAGUGGCGGAUAGAGGCCAAGAAUACACAUCUAGCCAUGAUUCAGCCAUCAAAGAUAAGCGUGCUCCUGGACAGGUAGCCCAUCAAAUAAAAGAUCCUCACAGUAAAGCGACAGAUGACAAAUCGUAGGAGGACUUUGAAUGGCUACAGAAUAAGUCUAGGCCUAAAAUGUACAUUAUGUAAAUAACCUUUUGAUAGAGAACGACAGCGCCCUGGAACGGAUACUAGAAAAAAUCUCUAUGAUUAUAUAUCGUAGCUGGCUAAAAGCUGGCUAAUAGGUGAUUCUGGCCAUAUAGUUAAAUGCAUGUCUUCACGUUGAUGCAAC